GAGCGCUGCUGGGCGCACUUGGGCGGCCUGGUUGACUUGUUCCGACACAGCGAUGCGCACUCUCCUGGCCCGUUGCCGCCCAUCGGGAAUGUGAUCUAUGAGAUUUGGGGCGUCAGCGGCGACAUCAUGAACAUUCCCGCGGUGAAGAGCCUGACCCUGAAGGCCAGGGGCACGCUCUUCUCUUCCCCCUUGUGCGAGUCGCCCCUGCCAGUGAAAUGGGAGGCCGAUUAUCAGGCGACCUUGAAGCAGGGCUUGGGAGCGACAGCCCGCGAGCAGCUCGAGAUGCUCUUGGAGGAUGCCAACGCGAAGGAUGAGGACAAGAGCGGCCUCCUGGAGUUUGCACUUGUCUACAAGACCAAGGCGGGCGACGGCUGUUUGGCGUGGGCCCUCGAUCCGUCAGUCGGGCUCGUGCGCUUGCGCAGGCUUCUCGCGUGGGAGCCUAAGCAUGAGCGGGGCUUCGCCGUGCCGCUUCUGGACAAGAAAUCCAACUGGCAGGACUGCGACCCCGACGCGGUGGCCGCAGGGGCUCGUUUUCUGGGCGAGGCGAACUACCCGCUGGAGCAGCUCCCAGGGAAGUCUGCGAGCAGCCCCGCUAGGGACUACAAGGCCAUUGCAGACCUCAUGGAGUCAGUUUGGGUACGUCGUCCCUGGGCUGAGAUGUGCCACCUGCGUCUCGGUACUGCGUUGGAGGCCGCCCAGCCGGGUGCCAUCAUGCCGUGGGAACCCUUGGAUCAGCAUUCCUUCGACGGCGCGGCGUGCAAGCUUGCGAGGGCGCACAGGCAGAAGAUGAAGAAGGUCCCCGCGAACAUCUCCGCGAUUACAGCUCUGGCAUCAGUGCAGGAGCCGCCGGUUGCAGCCGACCCUCCGACUCCGGCGGCGAGCCCCGCGGAUGGAAAGAAGGAUGACGGCGUCGUGGGUGCCGCAGGACAUUCUAUCCCUGCGGAUGGCGCCGCUGCAGGCGAGGGGGGCAGCGCCCUCGCGGGGGCCGCCGAGCCCGUGGAGCCCCCUUUGAAGAAGUGCAAGAUAGAGCCGCAGGAAAAUGGGGGUGCCGAGGGCCAGCAAGGCGCAGAGGCCUGCGACGCAGCGGGCUCGGUGGCGACUGCAGGCGCCGAAGACGCUGAGCAGUUGGUGCCCGCUGGAGGCGCGGGAGCCGCUUCUGCGGCACAGCCCGCGGAGCCCCCCCGUGCGGACGCGAGCCCGGUCGAGCAGAAGCCAGCGGCCGAACCCGCCAAGGCUGGCGAGUUCAAAGUCGGGGACCACGUCCGCAUCUCUGCGACCAAGAACGUGGCGCAGUAUAAUCAGAAAAAAGGCGCGGCGAGCUCGGCUGGCGCCAAGGAGAGCGAGGCUGGGGGCCCAGAGACUGGCGGGGCUGAGGGGCCCGCGCAGAAGAAGGUGAAGUCCGAAGAUAAGGCUCGCGAGUUGUUCGGCGACCUCUCCGAG